CAAGAGCAUCGCGGUAUGAACUGAUGGUGGGCGGCAGCUGCCAAGCUGGGACCCGACUUGGCUGAGAUCCAUGCUCUUUUGAUUCCUCACUAAAUGAUUCCUUGAUCAAAAGCUGAGCUUAGCUUCGGGGCAAUCCCUACUCCUUAGAAGUCCUCCUCCUUAGGGAAUUCUGACCAUUUAAAAAAGGGGGAAUAGGGGGAUUUUAAAAACCACAGCAAGGAGCGAAGAUGGAAAAGGAGAGCAAGGCAUCUACCCAGUAUGGAUCCCUGGAAUCAACCAAGUGGACUGCAGCAGAUUCAGGCAAAGGGGAAGAAAUAGUUUCCAUGGCUGACUCUACAGAUACCAUUGAUGACAUCGAAGGAGAACUUUUCAAAAUUGAGAGAAUCAGAGAAGUUCUUGUGCGGAGAGAGUCAGAACUCCGGUACAUGAUGGAUGAUAUCCAGCUUUGUAAGGAAAUCAGCAGGUUGAAAAAGGAGUUACAGAAGUUGAUUUCAGUGCCAGAAAAUAGAAAAUCAAAAGAAGACAAACAGAAGGAGGAGGAGUUAGUGCAACAAAUUCAUAAACUUGUGGAGACUCGGGAUUUCCUUGUGGAUGAUGUAGAGUUUGAAAGGCUCAGAGAACGAGAAGAAGAUAAGGAAAUGGCUGAAUUUUUAAAGAACAAGCUUUCCAAAACCUGCCUUCUGAAAACAACUCCUGUAAAAGAAAAGAAGGUGACAUCAAGAGGACAGCAAACCUCUCCACCCUAUGUAACAAAGACAAGCCUCAUCUUCUUGAAGGAGUGCUGUGGCUUCACCUGCUCAAUCAUGUAGACUGUAGCUGAGGGGCAUGUGGUCCACACCAGACACAAGAUCCAUUCAUGGGUAAGCCCUGCCCACUUCCUGGUUAACCGGAUCCUUUCAAAUCAUAGCAGAUUCACAAGCCUAUUGAGCAGAGAUGAGUGAUUCCACUGUGGACAAGAUAUUAACAGAAAGCACACAGGACCCUAAAGGCCUAUACAGGCCAGAGUUUGGUGGAGAUCAGAAGUAGACAACACAAGGAUGCUCAUGAAAGAGAGCCAAACUAGGGACACAGACCCAGUUAUUUAAUACCAUGUUUUCCCUCUUAUAACUAUUGUAACAGGGAUAGCAUCCCAACCUACACAAUCCCAAAUUAGGAUGUAGUUUUCAUGUUGGUGACAGAUUUAUAAGUUCUAGUGACAUAGGUACAGAAAUGUACUGACACAGAUCCACAUGCACACUCAUCCACAUACGAAGUAGAAGGACUGAAAACUUUCUUCCAUUUCCUGAUAUUCUAAAACAGGAAGUACCAGCAGAAUGAUUCUCAAUAUCCUGGAUUGCUGCUCUUCAUCAUGUUGCAUCCACACUACCCUGCUUUUAUUAAGUUUCCUAGCAACUGUGGGACCCAGAGCUGUCUGUAUCAUCUCCACAAAGGUUACUUUCAUGUGCAGAAUGACAGCCGUGAAUCAGCAUUAUUCUUAGGUUACUACAUGCAGCGAUCUUAUCAACAGAGAUUGAUUCUUUACUCCUACCCUGCUUAUGGCAAAGUCAAACGUCUAAUCAAGAACUGCUUCCAAACUCAUGUUUUUCCUACAUAAAUGAAAAUUGCUGUAAGAUACCAAGGUGAAUGCCAUUGUAUAUGUUUUCAGUGCAACAUUCAGGAUCAAAUAUUUUGCUAUGUUGCAAAACAAAUUUCAUGUUUAUAUGUGAAGGGAUACACAGCUAAGAAAAGGAUAGGUACUGAUUGUAAGGAAAAUAAUCCUAUGAAACUGUAAGACAAAGGGUAUGUAUUGAGUAACCCAAGAGUUUGAUUGCCUAUCCUUACAUAUUCCUAACAGUAACAGGUCAUCCACUGCCUUCUUUAAAACCUCUAGGGAACCUUUCUUCAGCAUCACCUGAGCUAUUUCUCAAUGUUUUAACCAAAGAAGUUAUAUUUAAUCUUAGAUCACUUUUCUACAACCCACAAUCACAGCUGUUUCUUUGCUCUAGUUAAGCUGCAAUUAAUCCUCUUUGAUAUGAUUUCACAUAGUUGAAAACUUUUCUUGUGCUCCUUACUUCAGCUCUUUCUCCUGAGGUGACUCAGAGUGUUCCCGAGUGGCUACUGUAGGUUUUGAUGUCUUUGUAUUUUUCAUAGCUGAGCUAUUUUAAAUGUCAGGAACUGAGUGAGAGGAAACCUGGAAUCGGGAGGAGAGAAAUAUCUUUUCCCUCAAGUCUUCUGCAGCCACCCAAGGGUCAAUCUCUUUGGCAGAAGCCUCAAACAGAAAGUAAUUCUUUCCAAACAAGAUUUAGUGAGAGAUGAAGGAGAUAGUACUACAAUAAUUUCAACAACAGUGUUUCCCUUUCAGAACCAAUUUAUCCCCUAAUACAUUAGGGCAGAGAUUUUCUUAAUGUCUUUCUAACUUCCUUCCAGUAAUUGAAUUAAAAAAGUGGGUUUCUUCGUUGGCCCUGGAGCAGCUUGCUACUUAUAAUGAAUAUAAUUUGAUCCUAUCUGAGGUAGGCCAGGCCAUCACUUUAAGUUGAAAAGGUCUAUUUCAUUUUCAAGUAUUCAGAUGUCUAUGGAGAUUCUCAGUCAUCCAGGUCAUGGUUGUCCCAAAAGUGCUGUUCAAAAGGCAACUGGACUUGAUUUUUUUCCUUGAAAACAUUUUGCUUCUUAUCCGAGAAGCUUCUCCAGUUCAGUAUUCACAUUUUUAUUUGAACUGCUAUCUUAGCCAGAUAAAUAUAUGGACAUCUGCUGUAGCUUCACAUCCUACUUGAAUUUCCUAUUUGCCAAUGUCACAGGGUAAUCCUGAGAAGUACAGCCGUCACAAUCUUGAUGAUGACUAAGGGAUCAAUAGAUUACAUAUUCUACUGGGAUAUAAGUGAGUUUCACACUGCUUUUCAAAAAAGGACAGAAACAUUGACAUGGAUAAAAUCUAUUGCUUACCUUCUUGAAAGUAGAUUCAAGCUCAGAAAACUAGCAUAGAUAAAGGUUUGGAUAAAAAAUAGGAGGAUUCACACUGCACUUAAAAGGUGAAAUGAAAAUCACAGCUGCAACACAUGAGCAACAGAGUGGACACCUACAGAUGAUCUGGAAGUGAUCAGAAUGAGAUCAUGAGAAAGGGAAGAAACUGUUCUAAAUGGCAAGGUAAUGCAACAUGCAACUCUCUGGAUUGAUGGGUAACAAUUGUGCAUACUUUCUUAUAUUGCGGGUGCUUUUUAAACAGACCCACAAAGAAAUCAGCCUCUUGUCAAUUCUAUAUGUUUGCAUGGCUGAUAUACAUACAAUUUACUCUGUAAUGAUGUGGUCAGAAGAGUUGACUUCAUUCCUGAUAUCUGAGGGUUUUAUAUGAAGCCCUUCACUAAAUCCUUUGGAACAUCAGAACCUUCUUUCCCUUUUGAUAAUUUUAAAAAGUCUUGAAUUUCUCUGAUUGCGGUCUUUUUCAAUUUUCACAAUUAAAAUGAUGGGCAUGUUUCUGUCCUUCUCUCAGACAUGUAUUUUGCUUUCUAAAGCAUCGACUUUUCUGCACAGACAAAAAGCAUUGGGUUAACUAUUGAUGAUAGUUAUGGAAGAGGGAGAAAGUGCUGCUGAUUUAUCCAUGACCUAGAAAGUUCCAUACAUUUUCCAUAGAAGUCUUACCUGUAUAGUGGGCAAACUGAAGCAUUGAAGGAAUCUCACACCAUAUGCAAUGAGUUUUAGAAAGUAUGCUGAAGGAAAACUCUAAAAUUUUAUUGUGAGACCACACAUUUCCAAGGGGCAGUCCUUCAUCCUUCCCCACUGAUAUCUAUAUAAUUUAAUUCUAUGUACUUGAGGCUGCCUCCAAGAUUUUCAAUCCAUGUCUGUUAUUGAGGUCAAACCAGAGUUGUCCAAAUUUGGUUUCAGGAUUUCAUUUCAUAAAAUUCAACCAACUUAAAUGUGCCAUCUUCGGCAUCUUAUAUAAAUAUUGUUGAUUUUCUCCAAAUUGAUGCAUGGAAUGACAUGAGGGAAGAUAUUCAUUGGCAGGAAACCCAGGAAUCUCUUAAGUAAUGAAUUUUCUAAUAUCAAUUAAUUUGGAAAGAUGGAGUGUGCCGGAAAAAAUUAAGAAAAGUUUCCAAACCAGAACUAACAGUAGAAUACCUACCCCCACAACCCCUGAGAAUCAAGUCAAUAUUUAAUGUUGUCAAGUUCCUUUAUAAUGAUAUUUUUCUUUAUGUAAUUUUAGAAGUAGCUUGCAGGCCAAGAUGAUUGGCAUCCAGGUCUUCAUCCUAUCUCAUCUUCAUCUACAUCUCUAUCCUAUUCCAUUUCUUCUUGGACUU